CGUUACAACGGUGCUCGCAUCCAUAAGUUAGUACGAGGUGUUGUAAAGAACCUCAGCUCUUUGAAUAUGCAGCUGGCUCACUAAAAAGCUACUGGUUAGCAUAGCUAAGCUCAUUCUACGAUACAAGCUCGAGACAAGUCGGGAUAAGACCAGUCUCAGGGCUCACCGUACUCAAUGAGCGGACAGCGCAAUGUCAGAGCGCUCUGGGCAAACUGCAAAGGGGAAGGACGGAAAAACCAAGUAUGCAUCUCUCAACCUGUUUGAUACAUACAAAGGAAAGAGCCUUGAAACACAAAAGCCUGUUGUUCCCCCUCGCCAUGGCUUGCAGUCUCUUGGUAAAGUUGCUUCCGCACGGCGUAUGCCCCCUCCUGCCAACCUGCCCAGUUUGAAGGCAGAGAACAAAGGCAACGAUCCCAACGUCUCGCUCGUUCCCAAAGACGGCACAGGAUGGGCAAGCAAACAGGAACCAGCAGACCCAAAGAGUACCGAUGCAUUAUCAGCACCGCAGCCGGAAUCGCAGCAACCUGUGGUUUCACAGAUACCUGUACCGACGUGCCCGAGAACCCCACCAGCUUCAGAGGCUGUGGCUCCGGUUUCCACCCAGGCCGUAGGGGUAAGGUCCUGGGCACAAGCCAGUGUUACACAUGGGUCACAAGGAGAUGGUGGAAAGGGAUCAAACCUACUGUCGCCAUUCUCUCGCGAGGAAUUUCCCACCCUGCAGGCGGCUGGAGACCAGGACAAAGCUGGCAGAGAACAGGCCACUGCAGAUCAGUGGUAUGGGCCCGGACCAAGCCUCCGCCCCCAGAACGUUACAAGUUGGCGGGACGGUGGGGGCCGAGCCCUGGCUCCCACCAUACUGGGGGAGGGAGCAACGGAGGGUGGCAGUGUUGGGGUUAUAGUGAUGGAUGGGGUAGCUGGGGUCCCACCUCAGAACUCCCAGUCACACGGGCCACCUAGGAACCCUCCCACAGGCAGCCCCGCCUUGCCCUUGCCCCAGCCUCCUGUGGGGCCUGGGUUCCCUCCAUAUCGUGGCAUCAUGCCUCCCUUCAUGUAUCCGCCGUAUCUGCCCUUCCCGGCCGCCUAUGGCCCUCAGGGGCCCUACAGGUACCCGCCACCUGCAGAGGGUCCUGCUCCAAGGUUUUCACAUGGUCCUGACAUCAAGCCUCCUGGUGGCCCACGUGACGCAUGUGGAGAGGUGGUGAAGCGGCCCUCUAUCCUGAAGCAGGAUGACCUGAAAGAGCUCGAUGAGCUGGACCAUGAUGGAGAUGAGGGCUGGGCAGGAGCACAUGAGGAGAUUGAUUACUCCGCAAAGUUGAAGUUCAGCGAUGAUGAAGGAGAUGAAGAGGGGGAAGAGGAGAGGACCGAGAACAAGAGUGACACUCUUGAGCAGCGGACCCAGGAUGGCUCCCCUGCAGCUCCUCGUUCUCGAGCAUCAGACAGCGGCAGUGAUGCUCGGCAUACCCCUCCUUCUAAUGCUGACAAUGGUCCCCAACCUCCUGCUAGCAAGCCAGGAUGGGUCGAGGAGGGGGACAGUAAUUGGAAUAGCCAGGGAGCGUCGCCUAACUACCAGGACCGGCCCCACAACCAGAUUUCAUCCCUGGUCUUAGGGAAGCCUGGUGCCUCGCAGCAGCAGGGAGCAGCAGGAAUGUCUAAUAAUCCUUCCCAGGCUGGCUUAAUGGUUCACGGGGCCCAAGCAGAUGAUGAGGAUGAAACUUGGCGGCAACGUAGGAAGCAGUCCUCCUCUGAGAUCUCUGCUGCUGUGGAACGAGCCCGCCGCCGCCGUGAGGAGGAGGAACGCAGAAUGGAGGAGGAGAGGCGUGCCGCUUGUGCAGAAAAGUUAAAGAGACUAGAUGAGAAGCAGCAACAGCAGCAGAGCAGCAGUGUGGGGAGUGGCAGUAGCAACAGUAAAGCCCCCAAUCUUGAUGGGAACUCUCCAGGUGCCACAGCAGGCAGCCCAAGUCCAUCUGUAUCUGCCUCUGCCUCCUCCCCCAACAUUAGCCAGCCACCAUCCCCCUGUGUGGACAGUGAGGAACCCCCAGUGCUGACUAUUCAGCCAGGACCAGGUCCUGGAGCCAGUGAAGGGCAGCGAACCAGUAGCAACAGCAGCCAUGACUCCAGCACAGAUCCCCAACAGUGUGUCCAGCCGACUGUGUCACAGCCUCAGCAGCCAGCGUUGGAGGUCACUUUAAUGACGGACACUAAAGAAGAGGCAGUGGUUAAUCCUCAUAUUCGUACUGGAAGUGGGGGAGGUGGUGGAGCGGAUCCUGUGAAGAUUGAAAAUGUGGGCAUGGGAACAGGACGUCAAGUCAGUGGUCCUCCUGGUCAGGGAUACUCAAAAUACCAGAAGUCUCUGCCACCUCGUUUUCAGAGGCAACAGCAGGAACAGCUUCUGAAGCAGCAGCAGCAGUGGCAGCAGCAGCACAGUCAGGCAUCUCAGAGUCAGCUGUCACCCCAGCCACAAGGUCCUUCACCUGGUUCCACACCUCAGCCGGGGCCAGGACCCAAGCAAGGUGGUUCCCUGUAUCAACCUAGCAGUAUGGUUCGGCCUCCACCUCUGCCAAUGAAUUUUGACCCUCGCUGGAUGAUGAUGCCGUAUAUGGAUCCUCGCAUGAUGCAAGGCCGCCCUCCUCCUAUGGAGUUCUAUUCAGCGGGAAUGCACCCCUCUGGGCUUAUAGGGCGUGAACGGUCAGAUUCAGGGGGAUCUGGUUCAGACCCUUUCGACAGACAGCAACAACAUCCAGGGCAUCCUCACCGUGGGACCCCUCCUAUGGAUCCAAAGCUGGGCUGGGGGCCAGAAGUAUUCCCUGGAGGAGGAGAGGGUCGUGGUUUAACCUCUCCCAUGAGGCAGAAACCAGUGCUGGAGGAUGAUGAUGUGGCCAAAGGGCCUAGGAGUGUCACUCCUCCCCAUCGCAUACAAGAAAGUGGAUUAGGCCCCAUCCAACAAACUAGUUCCAGCUCUGGGACAUCAAACCAGACCCCACCUCCGGUGGGCACACAAGUGAGUGCCCCUGGAGGUUCUCAUCACCCUCAUCACUACAUGGGUGGACGGACAAACUACAGCAACUUCAGUGAUCGGGGUGCAAGGAUGCCUCCCCACCAGCAGCAUCAGAGAGUGGGUGAGAGGGGAAACACACCACAUGCCUUCACCCACCAAGAUGACGGACCUCCACGUGGGUCCCAGCAAGCCCAAAUAUGGGGAGCUCCCCACCCCCACUAUGACCGCAAUGGUCGUACAGACCUCCCACCUGUUGAAAGCAACUCUCACCUCCACCACCAUCACAAUCACCAUCCCCAGCAGCCUCACUUCUCUCUUCUUCCCCAUAAGCAAGAGAAUGGCCAUGAGAGAGUUGCUGAGGCACCUGCCAAAAAGGCGGACACGACUCUCCCAUUGCACCACCCUUCUCUCUCUUCAUCCUGCUCUUCCUCCUCCUCCUCUUCUUCAGCCAGGGAUGAUGGCAGUGUCAAAGUUGGCGUACAUAAUCACCCGUCCCAAAGGGAGAGCGAAGCUGCUAUUGGGCACAAUCUUGUUGAAAGAGGUGGCAGUGCAGGGAAUAGCAGUCAUGUGAAACAAGAGAAAACAGGGUCAGCAUAUGUGCCUCAUUCCUCCAUCUCCACAAGCUCAGCUUCAUCUCAACAUGGCAGUCAUACUCAUUCUCAGCACCAGCACCAUUCUCAUCCCAAGUCAAACCAAAGAGGGGGGCGGGAGCACAAGACAGAGACCCAGUGGGGCCCACGGCCUGGCAGCAGCAAUGCAGGUGGGUCAUCCUCUCAUGGCAAAAGGUCCAGCACUGCAGCAGGUGGUGGAAACAACUCCCGUGGUGGGGAGGAUGCUUCCAGCAUGUCAUUGGACCAUAAACCUACCAACCAGAUGGCAGGAAUCAAUGCCAACAAGAGGGCUGGCCCAAUCAAGAAGCCAGUGCUGAAGGAGAUGAAGAGAGAGGGAGGGGACAUUGAUGGUGACAAAACAAGUGUUGGGUUUGGGAAAGAUAAAGAGCAAGAUGGCAGCCAACAAACUGUCAUGAAGCAGGAAACAACCUCCUCUCAAAAUACAUCAGCCCCGUCAGGUAAAGAUGAGCCUCCCCAAAUGGCAAAAUCAAGAACUGGAGGAAAAGACCGGUCCUCUGGAGGUGGAGGGUCAGGCAGAGGUCAUAAAGAUACAGACAAUACUUCAGGAUUUUCACAUUCCUCCUCAAGGAGGGACAGAGACCGCUCUUUUGACAGAGGAGGAAACGCGUCACACCACCAUGCAGUCUCUGCCAAAGGCAACCGAGCUGGUCGUGGGCGAGGUGGAGAAUUCUAUGGAAGGGGGCGUGGUUACCGGGGCUCCUACACCGCUAAUGCUGGGCCCAGUGGUAGCAGUCGUGGCAGAGUUGGUGGCAGGAGCAGUAGAGACUACCGCUCAUCAGUUGCUGUUGGCCACCAUCAGGAGUCAAAGGGAGAGGGGACUGGUGGCAGGCAUGGUCAGGACCGGUCUCAACACAAUCCAGCUCGGGCAAGGAACCGAAGUGAAACCCGCAGUGAGGGCUCAGAAUAUGAGGAAAUUCCUAAGAGGAGGAGGCAGAGGGGCUCAGAGACUGGCAGUGAGAGUGGUGCAAGUGACCUUGGUCAUUCAGAUAAGGAAGAAAACCAGAAACCAAACAUCAAGAAUGGCUCAAAUAAUCCCAACACCACUGGCAGCAACAACAAUUCGUUUGUAGCAACAAGAGGCCCUCAGACCCGCGUCUUUACACCCAGAGGAGUGCCCUCUAGGAGGGGCAGGGGUGGGGGCAGUGCUGGAGCAAAUAUAUACAGGAACAGUGGUAAUGUGGGUGGACUGGCUGGAGGACACCGGGUUGGAGCCAACUCUGCCUCCCAUGGUGCAUCUUUGAAGUCAUCAACCCCAGCUCGGAAGCAGCAGACCCCUUCUGGCCCCAAAGAAUUGGGGCGGGGAGGAAACGGCCCAGAGAAGAAGGACAAGUUAAUUGAUGGAAGCCAAGCUCAGAGUAAAGGGUCCAAUCCCCCUCAGCCGUGUAUACCUACUGCAACUCCUGUCAUUCAUGGUUCCACUGAAAACGGGGGUGUUGUGACUCAACAUGCUUCAGCCAACUCCACGUCAAACUCUGGAGGCCAAAAUGCUAUCCCUGUCUCCACCAACCGUGGGUUCCCCCCCAGUGGGUUUGAACGCCCUCCUAGGCGUCGCCGCCAUGGACGUCCGCAGCACCAGCAGGACAAGCCACCUCGCUUCAGGAGACUAAAGGAGCGAGAAAAUGCCGCACGUAUCAAUGGAGGAGUGGGGGUCAUCGGGGGAGGAAGACCCUCUUCUCCUUCCCUGAAUUCUGUUCAGGACAGUAAUGGAGUCCCCGUCUCUACCACUGUCACAGGCAACACCCAAAAUGCUAACCACAACACCACAGUAACAACCAGUAAUAACAGUGGUGGUGGUGGUGGGCAUGUUACCAAUGCCACCAGUCACCACCAUCACCACUACCACCAGGGUAAUCCUGGGCAACGCACCACCACGCCAUGGAGCCAAAUCCCUGAUUUCACCAAUCAGAAUUCAGACCAGGCCAACGAGGAGUGGGAGACAGCUUCAGAAAGCAGUGACUUCACAGAGUUCCGAGACAGGGAAGGAGGAGGGAAGUCGUAUUCCUCUCACCAUCGCCACCAUCUUGGAAGGGGUGGCGGGGGUGUUGGAGGAGGGAUUGUUGACCGAGAGAUGAUGGGGAAAGAGCCCUUGGCAAAUAAAAGAAGCUUCUCAAGCCAGCGACCUGGAAUGGAGCGACAGAAUCGGAGGGUCAAUGUUGGAGGAGGAAGAGGCCCACGGGGUCCGUCUGGCGGUGGCUCUGGUGGAGCUGGUCAUGGAGGUGGCAGUCGUGGAGAGAAGCGUGGUAACUGGCCCUCCCCCAAGAAUAGGAAGUGAUUGAAAAUUCAGAAACAUUUCAGAUAAACCCCUCUAAUAUUUAUCCCCUUUGUGUUCAUUAUUUCAUCAGUUAUCUGUUUGCAUCCUUUAGUAUAUCCGUACAAUGUACAAUAUGUGGAAAUGGUAUUCACAUUUGCUUUAGCUGCCACAACCCCAGUCAUCUAAUUUCUGUCUGUAUGUUAAUCUUUACCGUCCGUUAUUGUAAAUUUUUCAUUUGUUUUGUCUUGACACCCCCCACCCCAGUUGCGUCUGCACUUUUCUUCAUGAAUUUCAACUCUUCAGUUCUGAUGAGCAUGUGGCUCUGCAAUGGAGGUGUACAUUGUUUUUGGCAGAUUCACACUGACAUUAACACACAUUUGCAUAUACAAGCACAAUAGGACAUCUCAAAAUGAAAAGUGGCGAUUCAAAUUGGCAAAAAUUGUGGUUUGGAUUGAUUUUACUGUUCAUUUGGCCUUGGGUGGUAGUCAGUAUUGCAGUUUUAGGUUACGACCUUCACAAAGGGAAAACACGCUCCCUCCUACAUCCACUUUAACACCAUAUCAACACAAUUUCUGUCUCAGAAGUGUUGGGAGAGUUUAUUAACUAUGCCAACACGUCAGGUUGUUAUUGUUAUUUUAAUUUAUAAAUUCUUCCAGCCACUAACUGUUGAUUACUGUGAUAAAACCCAGACAAGUACUGUACUGCUGCUCAGUGCUCGCUUACAUUUUGCAUUGAUUUCUUGUCUUUCAAAGCCAACAUUUCUGCUGCUUGAUCAAACAGACAGUAUGAAAUUUUCCCUCCAUGUCGUUGACCUGCUCUAAAUUUUUGCCGCUUUUGGAUGGUCGUUUUAGGACAUGAAUGCUUUUCCUGCCUCUUCGUAGCAUUUUAUUUUCUUACAGAAGAUACUCAUAUUGUAACAUGAGUUCUCUCCCAAGGACAAAAUACCCACCACCACCCCCACCCCCAUGAGUUUUGUUUACCCUAUGAAGACUGUAUUGAUAGCUUGAUGUCUUUCUUUUAACGACCAUUAUUUCUUCAGUGACUUCUAUUUUUAUGGUAUCAUUUCUUUUGUCCCACCAAGAUGUUUUCAGGUGAGAUGCCUGGCUUAGGGGGAAAUGAGUUUAAUGAAAAUGUAGGUCAUGAUUACGCUUCAGUGGGUCAGUAUGUUUUAAGCACUCCUUGUAGUAAAACAGAAAUCCACGGUUGCUGUCAUUUUAUUAUUAUUAUUAUUUCCCCCCCCCAUUUUUUUUCUUCUGUCUUUGUGUUAUGUUAUUGAGCAAGUUACACGUGAUGCAAGGUGACAGGUACUCUGUCUGGGCCCAGAGUACACAGCUUGGCUAAGUAUUGUACUAUUACACCACCUCUGCUGUUGUGCGUGCAGCAACAAACUCUGCUCUUGUGAGGAUUUCUCACACUUAAGGACUGUCAAGAGCUUCAUGUCUCAAGGAAGUAUUUUCAAAGUGUGCAAGCCCCCCCCCCCCAUUCAGGACUUGCGCCAAAAAGUUGGCAAUAGCUGCCUUUCAGAGUCCAGUGCAGUUUCCAUGAAUUAAUCUGCCAGAAAUAAUACUGACCUCGAGUGUUCAGGAAAUAUUACUGGAUUGAUUUAGGAUUAUGCUUGUAAAAACAAAAGUUUGACAUGAAAUGGCACACAGCUUGAAAAUGGCCAGAGGCAACAUCCAAGGAGAACUAAAUAUGAUCUGCAUCCAUACUGUCACUGCUGUAAGUUGGGGUUUCUUUUGUUUACUGACAAGUUUGAAGAUAGUCUCUGGGAUAUUGUGAGUAGGGCAUUUUAUGAUUUUUUGUGUGUGUGUGUGUGUGUGUGUGCGUGUGUGGUAUGUGUGUGUGUGUGUGUGUGUUUUUUUUUUUCUUUCUUUCUUUUCCUGGUGUCUGUAGAAUAACUCUGGACGGGGUGGGGACCAGAGGGUAAAAAAAAAAAAACGGCAAGCACUUUCUGCCUUGUUUGCCCACUCUUGAUUUAACCAAUUAAAAGGCAAUUCUACCAUUUCUUAAAUACAUCUGCAUACAUUCUGUUGUGUGUGUGUAUAUGUUUGUCAUCCAAAUGAAAACGGCAGUGGGUAAAUAUUUUUUUUAAAAAAAGGUCACUUUUCUUUCUGUAAUUCGAGCAUUCGUUCCUAAGCAGGCAAGUGAAGUUGAAAGUUUUUCUUCACUAUGACUUUGAAGCAUGAACACACCUUUGGGUGCAGGUUACCUUGCCUGUUUCUGUACACUUAACACUGACACUGACUCAGUCUUCCCCCCCCCAACUCUUAAUGUUGAUGUGCGCAUUUUAUGUACCCCAUGUUAAAAGAAAAAAGUAAUGUAUUCCAGAAAAUUACUCAGAUUGUACUAUGUUUCCAGCAUUACCAAGGUACCUGGAGUGGUUCAAGCUGUUUUAGCAUUUAUGGUUUAUUAUUGCAACCGUAAUAUACACACAUGUAUGUAUCUAAGUUUUUGUCUGCCCCAACUUACAUUCCCACAAACAAAUGUUGCCAUUUUUAAUUCAAGGGAGCAAUGUACAAGCAGAGAAGUGUCUUAUUAUAAUAAAAUUAUACAGAGAAGGCAAAGUUAAAUAAACUACUUUUGAUUUAAUGGACAAAA